CCCAUUCUGCACCGUUAACUCAUAGCACAACCACCCGACGACAUGGAGGAGGAAGAGAAAUCUUCCCCUCCCCUUCCCGCCGAGCCCGCGGCUUGGGAGCCGCGGAUACGCCAGCUGUCCGGGCUAGGCAUCCACGAGCUGACGAUCGAGGCCGAGGCCGGCGGCGGAGGCGGGUACUUUGCCGGGCUGGGCGGCUCUCCGCGGACGCGGCGAACGAGCCACGCGGGGCUCGACGUGCCCAUCUCGGGACGGGCGCGCGCGCCGACCCUCGCAGGAGAGGGGUACCACCCCAGUCCGACGCCUGCGCUGCCGACCGCGCUCGAGGCGAGCGUUGAGCUCGUCGGCGCGCGCCCCCUCGCGCGGUGCUUUGUCGCGCUGUUACUGCCCGACGCGGUGGUCAUUACGCCGACCGCGUCGCCCGAGCCACCUGUCUCGCCCGCCACAAGCAAGACGACAAGACCUGGCUCGCCGGGAUCCCCGCACACCACCAGGACGAGGACAAUAUCCCUCCCGCCCCGGCCGCAGAUCAAGACGACGCUUGCGGGCUCUGGCUCGCCAACAGCGUCGGCUACGACCUCGCCGACAGCUUCACCCACAAUACGGAGAUCGCAGCUCAACGGGUCAGCGGGGGGCCGGAGCCGCCCGCAGCCAAUUCGGCGGUCGACGCUCGCGCAGGCCGGGCGCGCGAGCUCAGAGAUGGGCCUGCGCCGGCCGCCCCCGCUCCAGCCGUCGGGGCCACCGCCGAAAGUGCCCUUCUUCUUCAGCUCGAUACACAAGCCGUCGACGCAUCCCCGCUGGGCGAACAUUGAGCCUGGGGACAUGGCGCCGUGGCUCACAGUGCCUGAGACUGCUUCGUCUGUCGUCGAGGUGCAGGUUUGGGUCGAGGAGAACGGCAAGUGGCGCCGGCUUCCCGGUGUCGGUGGUGUUGUCGACUUUACCCAGCUCGCGGUGGUCCCUGCUGGGACCAAGCUGCCGCCUAAUACGAUCCAGUGGACAUUUGCCACGCACCCAAAGUUCGUGUUCUACCUCCCUCCCCCCGGCAGCGAUGUGAAGCCCGGCCCCCCACACGACGCGGAGAAGAGCGUGCUCGAGAGGAGUAUCAGAGAGACUAGGAUGAAGAAGGGUGCGAACGUUGGAGGGAUUCAUCAGCUCGUCAACAUCCAAUCCGUCAUUGCGGACACUCAGCGCAGUGUGGACGAUUUACAACGGCAGAUUGACAGCCUUAUCGCCGCUGACACCGACCGCUCGGCGGUGCGCCGUGAGGUCAGUGAGCGUGCGCUGCGUGUGCGCUGGGUGAAGGACCGCGUCGCGGACGUCGAGCGCACAAUUGAAGAGACCAAGGCGCGCAUCACGCUCCACUGCGGCCGACUCGAUGCAAGGCGCGCGCUGCUGACCGCUGCCGCCGAGCGCGAGGCGGUCGACAAGUCGCGGGCCAUGGAGCUCGCCAGCUCCAUCACCGAUGUCGAGGACCAGCGCUCGCGCAUUCUGCCGUCGAUAUACAAGCUGCGGGCAUUCCACGCCCAAAUCCUCGACUCGCUCUUCCCCAUCACGCCGAUAUCCCCACCAGACCUGCUUUACGCCGUACUCGGUGUCCCGCUGCCAAUACCCACUGGGCCGAAGGACCCCGCGCCGCCACUGACUCUCGCGCCGUCGCAGACGCCCGAGGGGUGUCCCAAGGUCGACGAGAGGACCACGUCUGCCGCGCUGGGUUACGCCGCGCUCAUUGUCCACAUCAUCUCGCUGCUUGGCGGCACGGCUGCGGCACUUGCCUACCCCGUCACGUAUGCUGGCACCCGGAGCCACGUGCGGGACGUCGUGAGCAUUAUGCAGGGUCCCAGGUCGUUCCCUCUCUAUGGCAAAGGCGUGGAGAGGUAUCGCUACGAGUAUGCCGUGUUCCUGCUCAACAAGGAUAUUGAAUUGCUCAUGCACGAGGCCGACGUCCGAAUGCUGGACCUGCGCCACACACUCCCCAACCUCAAGAGCCUGCUGCUGACCCUCUCGUCGCCCGACAUGCCACCGCCUGGGCCCGUCGGCGGGCCAGGUUGGGCGAGCGGCGCGGCGUCGCGCAACUCGUCGCGGCAGGCGUCGACUUCCUUCACACCGUCUUUUGGCCGGCGCGGGUCCACGCUGCGGUCGACGUCGGUCACGUCCCUCCCGCCGCCGUUCACGCCUUCGCACCAGUCCACGUCGCUGACCGGCGCGUCCAUCGCGUCGGUCGGGCCGACCGACGAGUCGGGUUCAGACUUCCCCGCAUCCGAGGCCGCGUCCGGCAGGUCAUCGCCGGUGCGUGAGUGGGCUUCUACGCAGCCGGUCGCAUCGAGCACCCUGCGCCAGGUCACAGUGGGCGAUGACGAAGAGAGCGACGACGAGACGGUCAACUCUGGGGCCACCGAGGUGGAAGGGUACGCAGUGGAGAAGUGAGGUACUAGAACUGUUAGAAUAAUUCCCUAGGGCCCGUGGCCAUGGCCACUCUUGUACAAUAUAUGUACGUG